UAUUGUUAUCAAACUGAAAUUUUCUUGAUAAAAAUUUUCAAAUUUUGAAUAUUUUAUAUGCUAAAUGUCGGAUAUUUUCUCCAAAUUAUAAGUUCUCAGUGAUAUAGAACUAAAUUCGAGAAGAAAAUGAACUCGUAAGAAAUGUCCGAUCGUCUGCAGUCGUUGUAAUAUUGUCUUGAAAACACUCCACACAUAAGUACAAUGGACGAAGACGAUCAAAACAGAUUAUGGAUUGGAAAUUUGGAUGAAAAGAUCACUGAGUAUCAACUUUUGAAACUGCUGCAAAAAUACGGCGCCAUAGAGAAAUUUGACUUGCUGUAUCAUCGUAAUGGACCACUGGCAGGAAAAUCUCGAGGAUACGGUUUCGUAUCGUUCAAGAAUCGAGUAAACGCUGAAAGAGCGAUGAAUGAAUUAAAUGGUCGUUUUAUGCUAUCGAAGAAUAUCGUCAUCAAAUGGGCUCAGGCUGUGAAAACGGAAGAAGAUGAAAACGCCAAGUUGAAACCUUUACUACAACUCCCAGUAUUAACCGGACCGAAAGGACAAUCUACCGCACAAAACCAAGAUUUGAAAAUUCGUGCUAUCGAAAAAAAGCUCAAAAUGAUGGAACAGAAAUCAGAUCUCGAAGAAUUUCUAUUCGAACCAGCUGUGAAAAAACCUAAAGUAAUCAAAAACAAACCGGACGUUUCUAAUUCGAGUACGAAAAAAUAACGAUUUCGGUGUUAUUUUUUAAUUCUUAUCAAGCCAUGUCUCUCGUGUAAAUGAACUAACAACUGAUAGAAAAUGUCAUUUCGUGCCAACCGAACUAACUGAAGAAGUUUAUUUUUUUUAGAUCUACUAGAGGUAAAGGUAUUGAGAUGAAGUUUUUUUUACGGUAGAAACUUGAAAGACAGUAGACACCUCGUAACCAUAUUGUACUCAUUUUAAAUUUUUUUUGUUCCUGCCUUCCUUCGUGUAUUAUUGUUCUAUUUUCUAUUCUACGAUUUUGAAAUUAAACUUUCAGUUCCCAA